AUGAAAAGAGAAUUGGUCAGCGAUGAUAACAAUGUUGACCCACCUAAAGCUUAUAGAGAAACUCUUGUAGAACAAGAAUUUUACAAGUUGUUUAUGGCCAGAACUUGCCUCAAACAUUUAGUACUACCAAGAAUUCCAUUAUCCUAUUGUCCGGGUGCUGAGAUCUGCCUAGAAAAACUUCGUGAAUUGAAAUGUCAUACUGAUAGAUCUCCCGAACUAUUUUAUGGAUUGGCUCAAAUAUCAAGAAACCUUCUCAGAAUUAGUAUUUAUCCUUGUGAUCGGGACAAUGAAGGUUUAAUCGCUUUGAUCAAAUUGCAAAAGGGGUUAAAAUCUUUGGUGAUGGAAUCCUCAGAGGAUCAUAUUAGUUCUUGUCCAAGGAUGGGAUAUGCAUUGUCAACCCAAGCACAUUCUUUAACACAUAUUAAAUUUCGACAAAGCAUGUGUAUUGCACCAACAGUUCUUUCAACAUUUACAAAUUUAAGAAUUCUCCAAAUUGAUAUAUCAACAGAAAUUAUUAACAAAGAACAAUUGACAUUCACUAGCAUACCAAAACUUGAGAUUCUUGAUAUUUUCCAUGAUGAAACAACUCCGUUCAGCAUUUAUAUAAGCUUUAUUGAAAAUAUACCCCCAAAGUUUCAAAGAAUUUACUGGGAUUUAAUUAGCCCACCAUCUUGUUCAGCUGAGAUAAAAAGAUACAUCAAAGCAUUAUCUUUAUCGCAUGCGACUCUUAAAUUUAUUACAGUUUGGUGGGAUGAAGAUUGUAUAGAAGAUCUUUAUGGUCUGAUAAAAUCAUGUCAUCAAUUGGAAGCAAUACGAAUCUGUAGUCCAAGAGAUGAAAUACAUGUAUUUAAAGAAAUUUACAAUGACGAACAGUCGAUCGAAGAAAUGGAUGAUACACUAUUAUUAGGAGGAAAUCAGAUAUUCGAGUUAUUGAAAAAUGCUGCACCAAAGAAUUUAAGUAUAUUAAAUUUGCAUAUUAG